UUGCACACACAUCGCUCCCACCUGUGAUGCAGGAUCAGAUUGGAUGGGAGAGUCAGAUGGUCGCAGAUCACGUGCAGGGGGAAGCUCAGUGCACAAGAAAAUGGGGUUUUGUGUAAAUCUGGGGGCUUAAUGUUUCCAUAUAUCAAGCUACCUCGUAAAACCGACACUGGAGUCACCCGGACCACAAAUCACAGGUGAAGAAUAUGACUUCUUCCUAUUAUGUGAAUGCUCUGUUCAGCAAGUAUACGACUGGGGCUUCUCUCUUCCAAAACACAGAGGCCACUUCGUGUUCCUUUACCAAUUCCCAGAGAAGUAGCUAUGGAGCCGGCACGGGGGCAUUCCCAGCCACAGCAGCGCCCCCAUCCAUGCCCGGUCUGUACAAUGUGAACAAUGCUCUGUACCAAAGCCCCUUCUCUGGAUACAGCCUGGGCACAGACGCCUAUAACAUCCAUUGCUCCACGUUUGAUCAGAACAUUCCUCUUCUCUGCAAUGACCUGGGCAAAGCCAACUGUGACACCAAGGCGGAGGAGUCUACCCUGCACCCCCCGAGUGACAGUCAUUUCCGCAUAUACCCAUGGAUGAGGUCCUCAGGUCCAGACAGGAAGAGGGGUCGCCAAACAUACACCCGGUACCAGACCCUGGAACUGGAGAAAGAAUUCCACUUUAACCGCUACCUGACCCGCAGGAGAAGGAUAGAGAUCGCCCAUGCCUUGUGCCUAACGGAGAGGCAGAUAAAGAUAUGGUUCCAGAACCGAAGAAUGAAAUGGAAGAAGGAACACAAGGAGGAAAAUGCCGGCAGCCCAGAAGCUGGGGAGCAGACCCCUGCAGAUACUACUCCUGCAGCUGCUGAGGAGGAGGACAAGGUCACCAGGGAUGAAUGAGUGGUGCUGGAUCUGUGUUAUGGACUUGGAACCAUUCUGUGUAUUGUAUUUGUGUGAUUCUUGAGACAGGCCAAAUACAGUGUCUUCAGCACAAGGAUACACCCUGCAGGGGAAAACAGAAAUAUAUGUGUGAUAUGAUGAUUUCAAAUAACAUUUACAGUCAGAAAUGUGAAUAUUAGACGUGAACUACCUAAAUGUAAUGCACAAGGCAAGUGCAUUAGACGUUACUACCUAUCAUUACACAUAUAGAAUUCUGGAUCUCACAUAUGCUCUGUAGAGCUGACACUACCUUUACUUUAUACUACCUACUCGAAUACUACCUAUAGCAUGCUCUGCUGUUACCUGCACACACAUGUGAAGUGACCACCAUUUUACAUAUUCUGACCAACAAAAUAGCAGCAGGAAAAAAACAAACAAAAAAACCCCUAAAAUACACAGCAGCGUUAAUGUCCCCCGCAAUCCGAAUUCGCCACCCCAGUUAUGUUGUAGUAUGUUUUAUUUCUGUGCAAUGAUAUUGGAAGUGACCACAUUAUUUGUAUUCCAGGGGUUUGUAUUGGUGUAAAGCGGUGUUUAUUUGUCUUCUGCAGUAUUUCUAGGUCUGCUUUUGUUUUUUUGUUUUUUGUUACAUUUGGUCACAUCUAAUGGCAUGGUGUAUUUGUCUAUAAAUAAAGUCAGCUCAUAAAAAGAAAAAAAAACUAAAAACCAUAGCGGUUUGCACGUCUGUGUGUAAUCAGUAUUAUUGUGAGUAUUUGAAAAAGUGUUCUGUACAAAUAAAUAUGUAGAAAAAAAACAUGAAAAAAUGAAACUGUACUGGCAUAAUAUAUUUUCUUUUGUUACUAAUAAAAAAAAUUGU